CUGAAAUAAACUCAUAUAAUUAAGAAUGUUUGCCAACAGCUGAAUCCUGCAGAGACCUGAGGGAGCAGGAUGGAGUGAGGGAGGUGGACAUGUGGCGAGAGGAGGAGGAGGAGGAUGAAGAGCUGGUGGAGGUGCUGCUCCGGGGCAGAGCCCCCUGGGGCUUCACCCUGAGGGGCGGCAGCGAGCACCGAGAGACUCUGGUCAUCACAAAGGUGGAGGAGGGCAGCGUGGCGGCGGCAGUCGGCCUCCAGGCCGGCGAUGAGAUGGCGAGCGUGCACGCGGUCCCGCUCAGCGGCUCCCGCCUGGAGGCCGUCUGCCUGGUGAAGAGGUCUCACCGGACCCUGACCCUGGUGGUCCGGAGGAAGAAUGACCCAGACUCACGCCCCCAUUCCUGGCACUCCUCCAAGCUGACGGAAGAGGAGGCGGAGCCUGCCAGACGAGACGCCGCCACGGCCCCGAUCUGGCAGCCGAAGCAUGAAGCGAGGCCCAAAGAGCCGCCCCACCCAGGGGACCGGGAGCUCCAUCCGUUGAGCAGCGUGGAGACGCCGCAGCGUCCCUCUCAUCUCCGUGGACCGGGAGGCAAACGGGACUCCGGGUUCAGCUGCUUCUCCAUCGCCUCCAGCCCUCCGGUCCACGACCACAGAGCAUCUGAUGGGAAGGGCGCCAGCACUGAAAACAUGUUCUUCCCCGGCAAAGGGCCUCGGCGGGCGGAGCGGACCCGGGAGAAGCGGCCUGCGGGGAGGCCCGGCGUCGGCCCCGUGUGGCAGGUACCGGAGAAGAAGAAGUCCCAGUCUCCUCCUCCACCGCCUCCGCUGCGCAGUGACAGUUUUGCAAAGGUUUUCCCGUACUCUGACGGGCCGGGCGCUCCGGCACAGACCCACGGCCCGGCCCGACCGACAGGAAGUCACCUCCGACCUCAGCAGGAGGCCCGGCGUGGCUUCGCCCCCCUCCUUCCCAACAUGGCAGCUGACCACAACCACACCCAGCUGCACCCCAAUAAACUCAUCUCGCUGUCCAGCAACGACGUCCGGCAGUCGGCUCGCGCCCCGCCGCCGGCCCACCAGAGGCAGCGCAGUGACGACGGCCCCUCCUGCACCGGGUCGGCUCCUCCCGCCAAGAUCCAGAGUGUGGGAAGCUACUACCGCAGCCUCCAGGAGCUGCGCACCAACAUCUUCGGCCGGAGACACGCCCGGCCCUCCACGGCGUCCGUGGCUGGUUCUGCAAACCCGAAGCAGGAGAACGGGGGGCGCGGCGGGUACCACGGCCCGGCGGGCGAGCGCUCAGUUCGGACCGCCGAGCUCCAGGUUCGGCUCGGCAGAGCAGAGGAACCUCAAGCGGGCUUCCCGAGCUCCUCGAGGACAAAGGACCGUCUCCCUCCGUCCCAGCUGCCUCACGGCGGCCCGUCCAGCCAGGGUCCCGGUCCUCAUCACGACCACCGAGCCUCCGACCUCUCCGUCCGGGGGGGCGCCGCCAAGAGGCCCGACGGACACGUCGCGACACUUCAACGCAGCGACCGCACGGUCGGUCCUUCAUGGCACCAAGACCCGUGGGUGCCGCAGGAGGACCACCGCAUCUCCCCCCUGAGGACCCCGCUCCUCCACUCCCUCGCCCAGGAGAGGAGGAGUCUGGCCGCGGGCGCAACGCAGGACGCCGCCGGCGGGAAGUCUCAUCGCCGCAGCGACCGGUACGCCACCGGCCUGCGCAGCGAGGUCCGGGAGAAGAGAGCGCAGCUGCAAAAGAGCCGCAGCGCCGCAACCCUCACCUGCAACGCCGCGGAGGAGGAGGAGGAGUGGAGAUCCACGAGGACGGCCGUGUCUUCCGGUGCCUCCUUCUCCAACACCUACAAGGACCACCUGAAGGAGGCGCAGGCCAGGGUCCUCCAGGCCACCUCUUUCCAGAGACGGGACCUGGAGCCCCUUGGCCCCGAGGCGGUCAGACCCUCCGGUGGACGCGUGAGAGGACGUAAGCGCCUCCCGGCGGCCCAGAGGACGCACUCCUUCUCAGAGCCCGACAAGAUGAACACGGUGGGGGUGGAGGGAGAACCCCACGCGGGGGCCUUCGGGGAGCGGAGGAAGUUCUUCGAGGCCAAACCGGCGUUCUCCAGGCCGCUGCUGAAGUCCGGUCCGCCUGGAACCUCGCAUGCGGAACUUGGCGAGAAGGUGAACCCCAAAGAGGAGGAGGCCCUCCCAUCGGCGGAGGAGCAGCUGAGGCUCGGGACCUUCGCCGAGUACCAGGCGACGUGGAACCGGCAGCAGAGGUCCCCCGAGGAGCAGGGGAGGGGCCACUCGGCAGAGAACAUCCUGGAGGCCUGCGUAGAGGAGAAGGCCGGGUCGUCUCCCUCUGCAGACCUCGACACUCAGGGCCCGGCCCCAGGCCUCCCUGACCACAGCCCUCAGCCGGCCCCGUCGGGCCCCAGAGACGAGGGCCCGGCCCCAGGCCUCCCUGACCACAGCCCUCAGCCGGCCCCAUCGGGCCCCAGAGACGAGGGCCCGGCCCCAGGCCUCUCUGACCAUAGGCCCCGAGCAGACGCUGCCAGUCCCUCCCACACCACACACUCCUCCGGCCCUCCCAGCCUCAACCCCGGCCCCGGAUCACAGUAUGCAUCCCAGCUUCCACCGACCGAGGGCCUCCCGCCUCCGUCCAGAACCCAUUUAGGCCCAGAAGCCACAUCCGGCCCCCGGGCAUUCCUCCCUGGCGCCCAGGCAUACCAGACCGUGUCCGGCUGCAGCUCUGACAGCCGGCACCGCGGCGCCGCCCGGACCUCCUCCGCCGGCCCCCGAGCCGAGCGGAGCCGAGGAGGCGGAGGCCCCGAGGCGGAGAGGGAGGCCCCUCGCUCGUCCUCCCCGCUCAGCUCCCGGGCGGAGCGAGCGCCGUCCCCCUCGCCGCCGAGGCUGACCGACAGACCGCCGGCCGCUCGGGAUGACUCACCUCUCAGGUCAGAGCGGGGUCUGAGGGUCCCGGCUGAGAUGGAGGGGAGCCGCCCGCUGAGGAAGGUCCCCGUGAGGAUCGUCCACACCGAGUGCAGCUCGCGCCGAGAGGGCCGGGCCUACCUGCCUCAGAGCGGCGAGGCCCGCGGCGCCUCGGAGCCCCCGGGCCACGCGCCCCCCCUGAGCCCCGCGGAGCGCCCGGCCCCGUCCCUGUUCACCGCCUACACCCGCCAGGACCCGGCUCCGGCCUCAGGGCCGGCGCAGGAGACGAGUCCGGCGGGGGCUCGGCGCUCAGAGGAGGACGCCAAGAGGGAGGAGCUGGCCAGGGACAUCAUGGGCAGAGACAAGUCCCUGGUGGACAUCUUGGACCAGAGUGGCAGGGUGACCACCAUGGACCUGAUGGAGGGACUCUUCCCCACGGAGGAGCAGGUCCUGGAGGGGAACCACCAGCGCAGGAGGGCCUCCUGUGGCUCCAGGCUGCCCCCCUCUUCCCCCAGGAGCAUGGACAGGAGGGAGGAGGAGGAGCCGGCCGCCCUGGUGCCCAGCUCCUCUUACUACAACACAUCGGCUCCCAAAGCCGAGCUCCUCAUGAAGAUGAAGGACAUGCAGGAGCAGCUGGAGGAGCAGGACUCCGAGGAGGAGCUGGACGUCGACCUCGCCCGCAAGAAGCAGGAGCUGAUCUCCAGCCUGGCCCAGAAGCUGGAGGUGCUGCGGGAGGCGCGGCGCCUCCUGCAGGAGGACGUGGAGGCCAACGAGGCGCUGGGCCGCGAGGUGGAGGCCGCCGUGCGCCGCCUCUGUCGGCCCAACCAGCUGGACAAGUUCUGCAUGUUCGUGGGCGACCUGGACAAAGUGGUGAGCCUCCUGCUGUCGCUGGCGGGCCGCCUGGCGAGGGUGGAGAACGCCCUGGACGGGCUGGAGGAGGAGGCCCCGCCCGAGGAGAAGCGGACGCUGGCGGAGAAGCGUAAGCUGCUGAUGCUGCAGCACGAGGACGCCAAGGAGCUGAAGGAGAACCUGGACCGGCGGGAGCGCCUGGUCUCCGGCGUCAUGGCGGCACACCUGGACCCGGGCGGCCUGGACGACUACCGGCACUUCGUGAAGAUGAAGGCGGCGCUCAUCAUCGAGCAGCGCAAGCUGGAGGACAAAGUGAAGCUGGGCGAGGAGCAGCUCAAGUGUCUGACGGACAGCCUGAGGCCGGAGGCCGGAGGUCAGAGGCCGGAGGUCUGAGGCCGGAGGUCAGAGGCGGAGGUCUGAGGCCGGAGGUCUGAGGCCGGAGGUCUGAGGCCGGAGGUCUGAGGCCGGAGGUCUGAGGCCGGAGGUCUGAGGCCGGCGGUCUGAGGCCGGAGGUCAGAGGCCGGAGGUCAGAGGUCUGAGGCCGGCGGUCUGAGGCCGGCGGUCUGAGGCCGGAGGUCUGAGGCCGGCGGUCUGAGGCCAGAGGUCAGAGGCCGGCGGUCUGAGGCCGGAGGUCAGAGGCCGGCGGUCUGAGGCCGGAGGUCAGAGGCCGGAGGUCUGAGGCCGGAGGUCUGAGGCCGGCGGUCUGAGGCCGGAGGUCAGAGGACGGCGGUCAGAGGCCGGAGGUCUUAGGCCGGAGGUCUGAGGCCGGCGGUCUGAUGGAACACUUUGAGGACUACGUUUCCCAGGGGCCUCAGAGCCUCGGGACCUGAACCAGGUCUCACCUGAACGACGGCUUCUUGGAGGCACAAUGUCAUUUCUUCUUCUUCUGCGUCUCUAUUGAUGGUUGAGAGCUGUCUUGUGUUCAGUGAGGAGGAUAAACACGUUUAACCUUCAUCUCAACAUGAAGUGAAGAUGUUUAUCUUUUGGUCUAUAAGUGUCCUCAUGAUGUUUUAUUACAUUUUAUAAGAUGUUACUCCUCUGAUUGUAAACUCAGACGUUAUCUUAUAGUGUUUCUGCUCUUUUUAUUAUUGAGCUGUAAUGAAUUACCACCAGGUGUGUUUUAACUUGACUGAAAUUCUUUAGUUAUUUAUUGACAGACUUUUUGAAAACUUUUAGGGGGAAUUAAUUUCCCCCGAUGACGUGUUUCUAAGGAACAGUUUAACUUCCUGUUCAGUUAUUGUACAAACUUCCCAUCACUUGUAAACAGACAAUUUAAUUUAUGCUAGAAUAAGAGCCAAUGACCAUGAAGACGUGCCUGCUGCCGCCUCCCACACGCACACACACACACACGCACACACACACACACACGCACACACACACACCACAUAUAUACAGUGCACUUUUUCGCCUCCGGAGAAAUAAAAUGAUGAAGCUUUGAAGAA